GUUACGGUCAGGAGCGGACUGACCAUUUGGAAACUCGGGCACUGCCCGAGGGCCCGGGGUCAGUAGGGGGCCCCAUGAGAUGCCCCUGGUACCUUUUUCAUAGGCUUUUUUGGCUUUUGGCAAGGACACAGGGGCCCCAUGAUCCCCUAUUGCCCGGGGGCCCCAUGAGUUGUCAGUCCGCCCCUGGUUACGUCCCUUCUCCCUUCUUUCCUCCACAGCGCCAGCAUCUGAACUGUGGGGACCAGGCUGUGACA